UUAUCUCGGUACUUGGUACCAUGCAGACCCAAGCACAAGGAUAGAAACCACCCAGGACCAGGCGGGUCAUCCCCAUUCAUAACUAACUCCAGAAACUUCAUCAAAAGGGUUGGGAUUCACUUUUUUUCUGCACCACAAAGCCUAACAAUAGGCAAGGAAAACCUCAUCUGACAAUCACAAUGUUAUCACAUACUGCCAUGGUUAAGGAGCGGAAACAACAAGCAUCAGCCAUUAUGGAUGAAAUGCGCAGAAAUGAAUCACUGAGCCUAGAUCUUGGAAAGAAAGUCAGCAUCCCCCAAGAUAUCAUGGUAGAGGAAUUAUCAACACUCAGCAACAGAGGUGCAAGGCUAUUUAAGAAGCGUCAAAGGAGAUCUGACAAGUACACCUAUGAAAACUAUCAUUAUGUAACAAACAAGCCAAGGAACCGUGGUGAACCCAUACAGAGUGUUAAACUGGAAACAAUGAGUGUGGAUAGUGUCCAACAGCAUGCACCAAUGACACCUCCUAAUACACCUGACCCCCGGAGCCCACCAAAUCCUGAAAACAUUGCCCCAGGAUAUUCUGGACCACUGAAAGAAAUUCCUCCUGAAAAGUUCAACACUACUUCUGUGCCAAAAUAUUAUCAGUCGCCCUGGAUAGAAGCUAUCAGAAAUGACCCAGAGCUGUUGGAGGCUUUAUACCCUAAACUGUUUAAGCCUGAAGCAAAGCCAGAGCUGCCUGACUACAGGAGCUUUAACAGAGUUGCCACUCCAUUUGGUGGUUUUGAGAGAGCCUCGAAGCUGGUUAAAUUCAAGGUACCAGAUUUUAAUCUAUUGCUGCUAAAUGAUCCCAGGUUCAUGGUCCUUGCAAGCCCUUUGUCCAGCAGGAGGUCCUUCAAUAGGACUCCUAAGGGAUGGGUGUCUGAGAAUAUUCCUGUAGUGUUCAUCCAGCGUUCUGAUUCCAAUGCUGUUCCAGAAACGGAUGACCUGUGAAUGAGAAGCUAUAUAUUGUGAUGAAAGACGAACGUAAGAAUCAGUGUGAUAUUGUUCUCACUUCUAAUAGAAGCUACUUGCAACAUCUUUUCUUAGUAGCUGGAGUCUAACUAGUAACUUCUGAUCCAGUAGCUCUUUUCUGGAAUUAAAUGUCAUCUACAGACUAAUACAAAUAAAAUAAUUUUGCAACUAUUAAUUGAAUCAUUUUUUUGACUAUUGUGUGUCUAUACAUUUUAUAGAUUCAUAGAUGCUAGGGUCAGAAGGGACCUCAACAGAUCAUUUUAUGUUUUUGUUUAAUUGAAAACUACUUUGUUUCUAAGUCUAAGCAAGUUAGUUUAGUUUUCAUGGUCACUGCAGAUUACAAACUACAUUUUAAUAAAAGGACAAAAC